GCGUUAAACGUUCUGAAAGGGUCACAGACGCUCUCUAAAAUCUCCGUCUGCUUCUCUCUGUCGAUUUAUGUUGGAAUUUGUUCAAUCGUUACUUCUCUGUUGUAUCAGUUACUGCUUGCAUACAGGACAUAUGGACAAACAAAUCAUUUGUUGAUAUUCUUUUGUAUUGUUGUUUUUUUAUUCUUUUUUAUAUCUCGAUUAGUUUUGUGAUUUUUAAUUCCGCUCGCGAUCUAUCCCGCCUAAGCAUUGACAAGUUCCCUUUGCUCCGACGUCGAAUUUUGGUUCAUCGUUUGAAGGAUGCUCAUGAUAUGAUGAACCAAGGAAGCAAUAUGCAGACUGUAGCUCCGGCAGGUCCAAAUUCGCUUGAGACUAGACAUGUUACUGAUGCAAGCCAAGGUCAGACACCUUCAUAUUUUCCCUCCAUGACUAGUUCUGAAGCUGUAUUGUGGACCUUGCCUACGGCGGAUAAUCAAUCUGUGGAGAAUGGAACUCCAAGUUCUGGUUAUCAAUAUGAGCAGCAGCACUUGGGAAACAUCCAAGAUGGGUCAAAUGCAACAUCUGUUGUCAGUUCAUCAAGUUUAGGAAUAACAAAUGCUUCACAAGUGUACAAUGGCUAUGCGUCAUACCCGAAUUCUUCAGAUCCAUAUGGUUAUGCAAACACAGGAUACCCAGGUUACUAUGGCAGUUAUCAACAGCAAACCAAUCCAUCAUAUGCUCGGCCUGCAGGAGCAUAUCAAAACACAGGUGCUCCUCAUCAGCCUAUUUCCUCAUUUCAGAAUACAGGGUCUUAUGCUGGGCCUGCAAGUUAUUCUGGCACUCACUACAAUCCUGGUACUUAUCAGACAGCUGGAGCUUACCCAAGUGGCGGUUAUAGUAAUCAGACUACUGUGUGGAAUGAAGGAAAUUAUGCAAACUAUGCACCUCAUCAGUACUUGAACUAUGCUUCAGACACAACAGGUGCAUAUAGUUCUGGUACUGCUGCUGCUACUUCUCAACAAUAUCAACAGCAACAGCAUUACCAACAAUGGGCAGACUACUCCAGUCAGACGGAAGUCACUUGUGCUCCUGGCACUGAAAAUUUGUCUGUUGCUAGUACAUCUAACCAGGGAUUUUCAGCUCCUAGCACCAGUGUCGUGUAUCCAACUUCAAACAGUCAGCCACCUCCAUCUUCCAAUCCAUCUUGGAGACCGGACUCUGGUUCGUCUGAGUUGCCCUCAUUGCAGGUGCUGAUAUAUUAUGCUUUUGGACUUCGGGGCUGUCAUAUAUUUUACUGUAUUCUUUUCAAUAUUGAUGGGUUGGUGGAAGCUUUCAUCAGUUAUCGUCCCAAUGCAGCAGCUUGCAGUUCACAUGAUAGUUACUGGAAACAGGGGGUUCCAAGCUUUCCAAAUCACCAUGAUAGUCCUAUACAAACACACUUCCAAAAACCUUUAGAUUCACAAAAUUCUUAUAAUAAUUUUCAGGAUCAACAGAAGAGUGCAUAUGCUCAGGUACCCAGUUCACAGUAUCCUGCUCCUCAUCGGGUGCCCCAGAGUUAUCAAUCUUCCCAUCAGGUGCCUCAGAGUUAUCAAUCUUCGCAUCAGGUACCCCAGAGUUAUCAACCUCCUCCUCUGGUGUCCCAGACUUACCAGUCACCUCAGUCCCAGGAUUACCAAUCGCCUCAGCAGAGUGGUCCUUCUUUAGAUUUGCGAAGGGGAACCAAAAUGCAGAUUCCAACGAAUCCUAGAAUUGCUUCAAAUUUGGGUUUACCAAAAAGUGAUAAGGAUAGCUCUACAGCCAGUGCGGCAGCAAAACCUGCUUAUAUUAGUGUGUCGCUGCCAAAGCCAAAUGAUAAGGUGUCGUCUAAUGAUGCUGUUGAUUGCAUCAUUAAGCCUGAUUCGUUCCCCAAGUCACUACGUGGUUAUGUUGAAAGAGCUUUAGCUCGCUGUAAAGAUGAUGCACAAAUGGCUGCUUGUCAGGCUGCAAUGAAGGGGAUUAUAACAAAGGCAACUGCUGAUGGUACUCUUCAUACUCGUGACUGGGAUACUGAGCCUCUUUUUCCAUUACCAAACCCAGAUAUAGCCAAUAAGGACAAUUUUCAUUAUGCAACUCCUGUUUCUUCUUUACCCAAGUUUAAAAGGAGUCCCAGUAAGCGAUCAAAAAGUAGAUGGGAGCCGUUACCGGAGGAGAAAUCAGUUGUCAAACCACUUUCUGUCAGUAACGAGACUGUAAAAUAUGGUGGUUGGGACAGAAAGCCAUUAAGUGCCAAUUCCAAGAAAACUGCAAGCAAAAAUGCCCAGAGACGAGUGAAGAAGCAGCGUUUAGCUGAUGCUUUUAAUGCUGCUGAUAAUGGUGAUGCAUCAAGUGACAGUGAUAAGGAACAGAGUUUAACAGCAUAUUAUUCUGGUGCAAUAGCACUUGCAAAUUCACCAGAGGAAAGAAAGAGACGUGAAGACCGCUCUAAGCGUUUUGAAAAGGGGCAGGGACAUCGAGCAGAAAUUAAUUACUUCAAAGCAAAACAAGUGGGAACUGAAAACUUAUUCAACAGAAGGGCUAGUGCCUUGGUGCAUAGCAAAAGCUUCGAUGAUGGUGCUAUCAAGGCUGUUGAAGACAUUGACUGGGAUGCGCUGACUGUUAAGGGGACCUGCCAGGACAUUGAGAAACGCUAUCUACGCCUUACUUCUGCACCUGAUCCAUCCGCUGUAAGACCAGAAGAAGUGCUCGAAAAAGCUCUUCUUAUGGUUCAAAAUUCUCAAAAGAACUAUCUUUACAAAUGUGACCAAUUGAAGUCUAUUCGCCAAGAUUUAACUGUUCAAAGAAUACACAAUCAACUAACUGUCAAGGUGUAUGAGACUCAUGCUCGAUUAGCACUGGAAGUUGGUGACUUGCCUGAGUACAAUCAGUGCCAAUCACAGCUGAUGACCCUUUAUGCUGAAGGAAUUGCAGGAUGCAAUAUGGAAUUUGCAGCAUACAACUUACUGUGUGUUAUUUUGCACUCUAAUAACAACAGAGAUGUCCUAUCGUCAAUGUCAAGAUUAUCAGAUAAGGCAAAGCAAGAUGAAGCUGUUAAACAUGCACUUGCUGUUCGUGAAGCAGUCACUUCAGGGAAUUACGUUAUGUUCUUCAAACUAUACAAAAGCGCUCCGAACUUGAAUGCUUGCCAUAUGGAUCUUUAUGUUGAAAAGAUGCGAUAUAAGGCUGUGAGUUGCAUGACUCGGUCCUAUCGCCCUACUGUACCGGUUUCAUACAUAGCAAAUGUUCUUGGCUUCAUCAGUGUCUUGCCUACAAAUGAAGUCAGUCCAGAGGUUUCAGAUGGGCUAGAGGAGUGUGUGGAAUGGUUGAAGGCACAUGGUGCAUGCCUUACUGCAGAUACUAGUGGAGAGUUGCAGCUUGAUACAAAGGCAUCAUCUUCUAGUCUCUACAUGCCAGAGCCUGAUGACGCCGUGGCCCAUGGAGAUGCCAGUUUAGCUGUUAAUGAUUUUCUGGCACGGACUUCUUUAUAGCUAGGGUGAAUAUACUUGAACCGUACACGAAAGAGCUAGGGUGGAAAAUAUGCUACCCUCAUGGCACCACUUAGAGGGGGUUUUACUAGACAGUACACGAAAGAACUAGGGUGGAAAAUAUGCUACCCUCAUGGCACUACUUAGAGGGGGUUUCACUGGACACUUGGAGGCUUGUACCUCUGGAUAAGGCAGAUCGAUAUGUAUGAAGUGAAUAGGAAAUGAAAAAGAAAUCAUAUUUCUAGGUCAUUUUCCCCUAGAAAUUGUUCUAACAAGAUGAUGGCACAAGGGGAUAGAACGAGCAUUGGUUUUUCUUUCUCAACUUAAUAUGAUGGAAAGUGGCUGAUUCUUUCUUGGUGAAGAGAACAUUUUAACUCUUGUUUAGAAUUAGAAAGUUAAGUAUCAUCUAAUUGUUGUGUGUUUAUUAUUAAAUCUACAGUUUCACCAGUUUUCACGAUCACUUCAGAUUUAUUUAUUCACUUUAAUCUCUGUCAUUGUAAACACACUGUAAUUACAUCUAACUUGUGACUGUUUUGGAAUGGCGUUGGAAUGAAACUUUUGACAC